AUGAACGCACUCGACGAGACUACUAACUUGCUGCCAAUUCCAGAGGAAGAAGGGGGUGAUUUGGAACUAGAGUAUCACAAACACAACCUCUCGUUGCCAAAAUUGCCAAUUCUAACGUCUUUAUGGUUGGGAAGUUUCGUGAGCUCUUUAGAUGGUACAAUUGUGGCCAAUAUUAUGAAUCGGGUCGCCGAGGAGUUUUCAGAGUCGGAUAAGAAGCAAUGGAUAGCGACCAGUUUUCUACUAACCAACACAGCGUUCCAGCCACUCUACGGCAAAUUGUCAGAUGUCACUGGGCGUAAGUUUGCCUUGUUGAUGGCCUACUUUUUUUUGGUCAUUGGCUGUCUGUUGACCUGUUUGGCAAGAAAUGUUACAGAGUUUGCGGUCGCUAGGGCAAUCUGUGGUAUUGGAGGUGGUGGAAUUAAUGCCUGUAGCAGUAUAACUGUAAGUGAUAUUUGUACUGCUAAAGAGCGCGGUAUCUACCAAGGUUAUGCGAAUAUUGUCUUCGGUAUGGGUCAAAUGCUCGGUGCGCCAUUGGGUGGUCUCUUCAUCGAUACCAUCGGUUGGAGAGCAAUCUUUGGAAUCCAGGUACCUGUUGUCAUGGUGAGUGCUUUCUUAGCCUACCGUAACGUUAACAUCAAGCUGAGCCACGUUCCACCUAUUUCUGAGCGGUUUACACGGAAGAAUUUAUCACGUAUUGAUUUCCUUGGAUCUGUUACAUUGGCUUCAACUAUCUGUGGCGUUUUAGUGCUUUGCUCUACUGAUUUGAACAAACUAGUAGUGUCUUUAGCUACUGCAGCCAGUUUUGUUCUGUUCUUAUGGGUAGAGCUAUUUUACGCCGCUGAGAGAAUCCUACCAUUUGAAUUACUCAAGGGCCCUUUUGGUUUAUCAUCAGUCGUAACCGUUUGCUCAUCUUUUGUGAUCUUUGGUGAUAUAUUCCGGUCUCCAAUCUAUUUGCAAUUGAUCCACGAUUUAAGCGUAACAAACACCGGUCUGUUCAUGAUCUUCCCUUCCGUAUCAGUGGCUGUUGGUUCUCUUGUAACGGGAGCCGUUCUUAGACGUACUAGCAAGAGUCUCGAGCUGUGCUCGUACCUAUUUGUGCUCGCAGGUAUUGCACUUCAAUUGACAGGUUUAGUGAUCAGUUACUACCUAGUCGGUGUCGUUGAACCAGCACUCUCGACGCAAAUGGCAAGCACUCUGACCUUCCAGUUCGCCUCGCAAUCUACUUUGUGGAAGCUUGUAUUUGUCUUCGCAAGUGUUUUAGUUGGUUUCGGCUAUGCCUGUCUCCUUGUCUCUACGCUGGUGAGUAUAGUCUUCUCCAUCGACAAGUCCCAGCAGGCUACUAUGACAGGUAUAUUCUACUUAUGGAGGUCUAUUGGUAAUGUUCUUGGUGCCUCACUCACGCUAGUGGUUUUCCAAAACAGUCUAACGACUUCGCUACGGAAAUAUAUGUUGGAAUCGCACCGUUCAUUCACCAAGAAACAAUACUACAAGCUGCUAACAGAUUCAAGCUACCUCAGAACUCACUUCUCAGGUGACACCUUACUUGGACUAUUGAAAGUGUACCGUGGAGCUUUUCUCACCUCUUAUCUACCCAACCUUGGCCUCGCAGCUUUAGGAGUCGCUCUAUCACUUGCGCUCAUUCGUAGUUACAACAAAACUAAAUAG